AUGUACUUCAACACCUUUGUUCUCCCUCUCUCUCUUGUUGCUCUGGUUUCGGCCGGUGCUAUCGACCGCCGUGCUGCUUUCACCGAGCAGAACGGUCAAGAUGCCCAAGCUUUGAAUGCCAAGUUCCAGAGCCUCACCGCCGACUCUCCUUGCACCGACGGUGAGAGUGCCUGCGUCAAUGGAGGCUUCGCUCAGUGUGUCGGCGGCAAGUUCGCUGUCACCCCUUGCGCGGGCGGGCUCCAGUGCUUCGCCUUGCCCCUUGUGAACUCCCCUGGAACAAGCAUCACUUGCGACACCGAAGCCGAUGCCACCGCUCGUAUUGCCAAUACCGGUGCUGCUGGAGGCGUCUUCGGCAGGCGCAAUGUUCCCGUUCUUGCUCGCCGUGCUGCGUUCACCAAGAAGAACGGUCAAGAUGCUCAGGCAUUAAACCGCAAGUUCCAUACCCUGUCUGCAUCUUCGUCAUGUACGAGCGGCGAGAAUGCUUGCAUUAAUGGCGCGUUCGCACAAUGUGCGAAUGGUAAAUUCGUCACUUUCCCUUGCGCUGGUGGCCUCCAGUGCUUUGCCCUUCCUUUAGUCAACUCCGCUGGAACGAGUAUCACUUGCGACACACAAGCUGACGCUACGACCCGGAUCUCCAACACUGGCGCGACCGGCGGUCUCUUCGGUAAGCGUGAAGCCUCCCCUGAAAAGCGUGCCACUGGCCCUCCUGCAUGCGAGAAGGGGAAGAAGCGCAGCGUCACACCCGCUUUGAGCAUCUCCAAGCGCAUUGCCCAGGCGGACCUUCCCGCGGUCGCUCAGAGCUGGCAAAACCUGUGCCUCGUAAGCGGCGGCGACAUCCAAACCAACCAGCCAUGCGUCCAGCUCGCAGGCGUUGCGGGCAUUAACUCUCUUCUCGCAAAUGCCGAUGCCUGUGCCCAACAGAACAAUGCAGAUGCGAUGAUAGAUUUCGCCAAGUCUGCUGGCGUCACGAACAAGGACGCACUGAUCGCGAAUGCUAUUGCCUAUCGCAAACACCCUCGCAACGCUCUCAACAUCAACGGCGUCACUCCUUCGACGCUCUUUUGCGAAACGGCUCCCAGAAACGCCGAGCUAAAGGGUAUCGUUAAUGCUCAGCUCGAUGGGGUUGACCCUGGUCUCUUUGGAUCUCCUGCGACCGGCAUUGUCCCAUUUGGCGCACCGGGUACCUGUCCCUUCGGUACAACAGCCGAUGCGUCUACGUGCAGCUGCAACUGA